AAAUGUAAUUAUGAUUUUAGGUAGUUAAAGAUGGAUAUCAAUGGAGGAAAUAUGGACAGAAAGAUACCAAAAAUAAUCCAUCCCCACGAGCUUAUUUCAAGUGUUCGAUGGCUCCUCGAUGCCCUGUAAAAAAGAAGGUUCAACGAUGCUUGGAAGACAGAGCUUUUCUUAUAGCAACAUACGAAGGACAACACAACCAUGAUGUUGAUCCCACAACGGGACAAUCUUUGUCUUCUCCCGGCAGCUCCACAGUAAUCUCCGGCACCACAAUGGCACCGGAGUAUCGUGUUCCGGUUCUCGAUAACCCGUUUCGACCUUGCAUCACUCCCGAUCUCAAUCUUUCGGGUUCUGACCAUGGAAACAACAACAACGACGACAAGAGAAUUGAAGACUAUGUUGCAUCCUUAACAAAAGAUCCUAAUUUCACCGUAGCUUUAGAGGCCGCCGUUGCUCGCUCCGUCGCCGAGCAGCUUAAACCAUCGACUCCAUAAACUCCGAUAGAAGUUUAAGUUUCUUUAAAUUAUUAGG